CGCAAGAGCUGCGAGCGACGCGCGUGGUCGAGGUCUUUAGCAGGCAGCUGAGCGCAGGUCGAAACCCCGCAGGUUCUGCAUACAAAGGGGGAUGCUGCACACCUCUGCACAGCUGCAGCCUCUGAGUGAUGCGGGUUCCAAAUGCAAGGUCAGCUUAUCGGCCGCGUUCCCGCAAGAAUGCAGUAUGCUGUAUACGGGGCUUCCAGAAGCUUGCUAGCCCCGCCUGGAUGCUGUGCUACUCACCAGUCUCGGUCUUUUUGGCCAUCACUGUGCUCUUGAAAGGGCUCGAGGUCAGACCAACGCCGAUCAGAUUCGCUUUAGGAACGGGAUCGCAGUGGGGGCUUAGGAGAACUGUUGUGUCAGCUCAGCCUCUGCGUGGUCAAAGGAGGGACUCGAAGCUUCGUCCAUCCAUGAGCUCCACCGAUUCGGCGCGAUGUGCUGGCCUUGAGGAGGGCUUGUAUGCGUAGCAAAGGGAGGUAGCGAAGGCUGUGCGAGCUGGUGUGUCCGACAGCGGCGGCGAGAGCGUGCGAAGAAGCAGCCCAGUAAACCCUGUGGGCAUCAAAGGGUCUGCGAUCUGAUUAAGCAAGGUGCUCACUAAGAGUGCGAACCCAUGGCCACCUCAUCGCAAUUAGGGAAGACUAUCGAGAGCGGAUGCGCAUGUGUGG